UUGAAUACAUGAUUUUAGCAACUAUCAUAGCAAACUGCAUUGUCCUUGCUCUGGAGCAACAUCUACCUGAUGGAGACAAGACACCAAUGUCGGAACGAUUGGAUGACACUGAACCAUACUUCAUUGGAAUAUUUUGUUUUGAGGCUGGAAUUAAAAUUAUUGCCUUAGGAUUUGCUUUCCACAAGGGAUCCUACCUAAGGAAUGGGUGGAAUGUGAUGGAUUUUGUGGUGGUUCUCACAGGCAUCUUGUCAACAGUUGGUACUGAAUUUGACUUGCGAACUUUGCGGGCAGUUCGUGUACUCCGGCCGCUAAAGUUAGUGUCAGGAAUCCCAAGUUUACAAGUUGUCCUUAAAUCCAUAAUGAAGGCCAUGAUACCUCUGCUACAAAUUGGCCUCCUCCUAUUUUUUGCAAUCCUUAUUUUUGCAAUCAUAGGGUUAGAAUUUUAUUUGGGGAAAUUUCACACCGCCUGCAAGGAUAUUCAUACAGAUGAAAUCAUGCAAGAAGCUCCAUGUGGGAAGGAAUCACCGUCACGCCUCUGCCCUAAUGGGACUGAGUGUAAAGAAUACUGGCAAGGACCCAACUACGGGAUCACACAGUUUGAUAACAUCCUCUUCGCUGUGCUGACUGUCUUCCAGUGUAUCACCAUGGAAGGGUGGACUAACCUCCUCUAUUAUAGCAAUGAUGCCUCAGGGAGUGCUUGGAACUGGCUAUACUUCAUCCCUCUCAUCAUCAUUGGAUCCUUUUUUAUGCUCAACCUUGUGCUAGGGGUGCUUUCUGGGGAGUUUGCCAAAGAAAGGGAGCGAGUAGAAAAUCGGCGUGCAUUUCUGAAGCUGAGAAGACAACAGCAAAUUGAACGGGAGCUCAAUGGCUAUAUGGAGUGGAUCUCCAAAGCAGGCAAGUCCUAUGGUUUGUCAAACAUGUAA